AUGCGUUUAACAUUAGUUGAUACUGGUGAUCCAAUUGAAGAUUCAAACUUUGAAGAAGAAAUGGCUGAAGCACAAUUUUUAUGUUUUUAUACAUUUAUUGAAUGGAUGAAAGAAGUACUUGAUAUUAAUUCAGUUGAUAUCGAAGAAGAAGAUGAUGAUUCAAAAAAUUCAUCAGUUAUCUAUUGGAUUAAAGAUAAAUUACAUCUUUCGUCUAAUUUAGAUAAUAUUAAUGAAGAAUUUAGUAAACAUCAAAAAAUAAAUUAUCGAACAGAUACGAAAUACAAUUACUAUGAUCAUGUAUUUGAAUCAGAAAUAAAUCGUGAAAUACAAUUAACCGAAGAAAAUUAUAAAAAAAUGUUAUGUAAAGAUGUUCUUAAAUAUGAAUUUUUUGAAUUACAAACAGCACUACAAGUUAUUUUAUUAGUAUCUAUUUGUCCACAUAUUUGUGAUUAUGUUUGUCAAUUUCUUCAUCCUAGUACAACAAUUAUGAACGCUAAAUGGCCAACAGCUGAAAACAGUAAUGAUAUAACAUCAUUAGAUCAAUAUUUAUCAUUUGAUGAAUAUGAAAUUUUACAAUUAAAUCAAAAUUAUCUUCGACGUACACUUAAUGUCGAACAACUUGAUAUUCGUUUAACUGAUGAUAAUAACACGGAUACAACAAUGUUAAAUUAUUUAGAAGAUAUCGUACCUGAUAAACCAUUUGUACACCUUCGUCAUUAA